CAGUGGAGGGAACUUCAAGGAAAGAUCCCCUCCCCCCCCUGCUUCCCACCAACGAGCGGCUUCCCAAAAUGCUGGGACUGAGAGCAAGAGCCUCCACGUCUAACCCAAUCUCGGCCAUCUCCUCCCCCCUAAACGCGCUCUCCACUUUUCACGACUCCACGGCCGCCUCACAGUCGUCGCCCAGGCCCAGCUGCAACCUCCCGGUCUGGACGACCUGCACUCUCAUUCGGGCGCAAUUAUUCACAUUAUUCACCACCACUUGCAUUUGCAGCAAUUAUCCAUUGCCGUCCAUCACCACCAACGCCGCGCCCACCACAUCUUUUCCUCCUCGGUCCAAAUCCAACACCACCCUCGUCGUCGUCCUCACCACCACCGUUGCAUCCACACGGGCAUCCACAUCCACAACCACCACGGCCUUCAAGCCUGCUACCAAUCACGCUCCUCAUCCGCUUCUCCCUCUGCCAUUCACCAUUGCCCGCUUUGCCCACGCUUGCAUUAAAACAACCACCACCACCGUUCAAGCGAAAGCCAAAGCUGCAGUCCGAGCCACGCUCUGCACGUCGUCGCCUGCGCAUUUCUUUGUCCGGGUCUCCACAUCUCUAGCUGCAAACCUAAUCGUUUUGCACCUGCGACUAUUGCUGCUUUUGCUGCACUCGUCGUUCCUGUGCGACGCUUUCCUUGGACGACUUUUCCCCAAUACCAUCCCGUCAACCUCCCCUCCAACCCGGCGACCAAUUCAAUCACUCCGUUCGUUGUCGAUAUCACCGCUGCCGCUUAAAGAGGCCCUGGCGACCUCUACGAGCCUGGCCCAGGCGCUGCUGCAAAUUCCUCGACAACCAAAAGACCCGUUCUCCACCGUGCCCCGUAAGGCCGUCGUCCUCACGGCGGCCUUCGUCGAACCAUUCUCCCCACGGCUUCUCACGCGAGAAACAAGUCUCCGUCACCGGCCACCGUAGAUGCAUCCGCAAAUCCUCGCAUCACAACGCUUUCGCAGCAGCCCACAUACCCUGGCGCUUCGCC